GUUCAAACUACCAGUAAUGAAGGGUUCAAAAUUAUCAGUAAAGAUCUUUUUUUAAAAAAUAUUCUAUUGGAUUGGGUUAGUAAUGAAGGUUUACUUUAUUCUAGUCUUGGGCUCAAAACUACCAGUAAUGAAGGGUGGGUUCAAAAAACUACCAGUAACGAAGGGUGGUUCAAAACUACCAGUAAUGAAGG